AUGACCAACAUCCGAAAAUCGCACCCACUAGCCAAAAUCGUUAACAACUCAUUUAUUGAUCUCCCCGCACCAUCAAACAUCUCUGCCUGAUGAAACUUCGGAUCACUGCUAGGAGUAUGUCUUAUUCUACAGAUUAUAACAGGUCUAUUUCUAGCCAUACACUAUACAUCAGAUACCUCUACUGCCUUUUCAUCAGUUACACACAUCUGCCGAGACGUCAAUUACGGCUGAAUCAUCCGCUAUAUACACGCAAACGGAGCCUCCAUAUUCUUUAUUUGCCUCUUCAUGCACGUGGGACGAGGCCUAUACUAUGGAUCCUAUACAUUCAUAGAAACAUGGAACAUCGGAGUAAUCCUACUAUUCACGACCAUAGCUACGGCAUUCAUAGGUUACGUGUUACCCUGAGGACAAAUGUCAUUCUGAGGAGCAACAGUAAUUACUAACCUCCUUUCCGCCAUCCCAUACAUUGGAACUAAUUUGGUUGAGUGAAUUUGAGGAGGUUUCUCAGUAGACAAGGCAACCUUAACACGAUUUUUCGCAUUCCACUUCAUCCUCCCAUUCAUUAUCGCAGCACUAGCAAUAGUACAUCUUCUGUUCCUCCACGAAACCGGAUCCAAUAAUCCCUCAGGAAUCUCAUCUGACUCAGACAAAAUUCCAUUCCACCCCUAUUAUACAAUCAAAGACAUCCUAGGAGGCUUACUUCUGAUCCUAAUUUUAAUAUCAUUAGUCUUAUUUUCACCAGACCUAUUAGGAGACCCAGACAACUAUAUCCCCGCAAACCCUCUCAGCACCCCUCCACAUAUCAAACCCGAAUGAUACUUCCUAUUCGCCUACGCCAUCCUACGGUCAAUCCCUAACAAACUAGGAGGAGUCCUCGCCCUAGUAUUCUCAAUCCUAAUCCUAGUAUUCACCCCCCUCCUCCACACAUCCAAACAACGUGGAAUAAUAUUCCGACCACUUAGUCAAUGCAUGUUCUGACUACUUACAGCUGAUUUCCUCACGUUAACAUGAAUUGGAGGCCAACCGGUCGAACACCCUUUCAUCAUCAUCGGCCAAAUCGCCUCCAUUCUAUACUUUACUAUCUUAUUGAUCCUAAUACCAACCAUCGGUAUUAUCGAAAAUAACCUUCUAAAAUGAAGA